AUGGCUCCUUCUAAACACAUUAAUGGUGUUUCGGCUGCAAUCGCGGCUCUCCUACUACUACUCGUAGCAUGUUUUCAUUGCGUUGAUGCUGCAAACUACCAACAACAAUUCAUGGCUCCACAAAACGCAGCAAGAGCUCGUCUGAGGCUCAAACCGCUAAGAUGGGACCCAAAACUAGCCCGUUACGCGCAAUGGUGGGCCAACCAGAGACGUCGUGACUGCGCCUUGAUCCAUUCAAACGGACCAUACGGUGAGAAUCUAUUCUGGGGCUCAGGCAAAAAAUGGAGCCCGGUUCAAGCCGCUAAUGGAUGGUUGUCGGAAGCAAGAAGCUAUAACUAUUACUCUAACUCGUGUACUGCCCAGAUGUGUGGCCAUUACACGCAGAUUGUGUGGAAGAAUACGCAGACGAUUGGCUGCGCUCAAGUUACUUGCAAUGGCGGACUCGGUGUGUUAUUCGCUUGCAAUUACUUUCCACCGGGGAAUUUUCUCGGGGUGAGGCCUUAUUGAAUAUGAUCCAUUUGUAUAGCUCACAAAAAAAAAACUCAUACCAAAAGAAGUUGUUCUUGCGUUUUAUUUAAAUUCUUUCAUUUUGUAUACAAUCGUUGUUGUUAAAAAAAAAGUUAUAUUUAUU